UCCGGAGGGUGGAAGAUGCUGGAUAAGGUCACCCUGCUCCUGUUGCUGCAUUUGGUCGUGUGCUCCAUCUCCUCUCCGCUCUACCCAGCUCUCAGGUACAAAACUGGGUCUGUUCCUGGCAAGGCAACGAGCUUCCAGCUGCAGGACAAGAGCCCCUUGCAGAGCCACAGCCCCUCAGUGGAGGGCCAGGACGAGGAGGGUUUGCUGAGAGACCCCGCUGAGCAGAGGAUGCAGCGUCACGCUGAUGCCAUAUUCACCGACAACUACCGCAAAUUCCUGGGGCAGAUUUCCGCACGGAAGUUCUUACAGACCAUCAUCGGCAAGCGCCUUGGCAGCGGCGAGGGCAGCCCGAGGGACGGGGCGCACGCGCUCCUGACGAGGCGCCAGUCCGACAGUAUCCUCAUGGACAGCCGCUACCACCAGCGCAUGGUGCUAAGGGACUUCCUGGGGGCGAUUCUGCAGAAGCAAAGGCCUCAGGACAUGGACAGCAGUCACUUAGGCGGCUUUCCCAGCACCCUGGCUAAGCUCAUGUAA